GGGGCACCUCGCGGCCAGAAAGUGAGUCGCAGGUGUCGCUGCCUUUGAAGAGCAACUAACUUCUCCGGCUUCUGUGCGCGCCUGCCUCUGUAGAGCCAGGAGAAGAGAACCCUGUGCCCGGUCGCCACCAUGCAGUCUUGUGUCCAGUGGUGGGGGCGGCUUGUGGGUCGGGGAGCCCACUGCAGCGCUUUAGGGGGCAAGAAGCCGCCAGGCCGAUGGGGACACCGGGAUCAGCAGAGACUGGCUGGCGUGAGGAGCAGCAGCAGCAGCAGCAGCAGCAGUAGCAGUGGUUGUACCAUCGGGAAAAGUGCCGCCGCCGCUGCCCCGAGCACCUCUAGGCACAUCGAGAGGCUCCUGCCCAGGCACGACGACUUCUCCGAGCGGCACAUCGGCCCGGGGGAAAAAGGGAAGCGAGAGAUGCUACAGACCGUGGAGCUGUCGAGUAUCGACGAGUUGAUCGAUAAAACAAUUCCUGCUAAUAUCCGCUUGCAAAGGCCUCUGAAGAUGGAUGACCAUAUUUGUGAGAAUGAAAUUCUUGAAACUUUACACAGUAUUGCCAACAUGAACAAGAUCUGGAGAUCUUAUAUCGGGAUGGGUUAUUACAACUGUUCAGUCCCUCAAGCCAUUGUGAGGAACAUGCUGGAGAAUGCAGGAUGGGUUACUCAGUAUACUCCAUACCAACCAGAAGUAUCCCAAGGCAGGCUGGAAAGUUUGUUAAAUUAUCAGACGAUGGUGUGUGACAUCACAGGAAUGGAUGUAUCCAAUGCCUCUUUACUGGAUGAAGGAACUGCUGCGGCAGAAGCUAUGCAACUGUGUCACAGGCAUAAUAAGCGGAGGAAGUUUUACGUCGACAUCAGAUGCCAUCCCCAGACAAUAGCAGUGGUGCAGACUAGAGCAAAUUACACUGGCAUUAAUGUUGAGCUGAAGUUGCCUCAUGAGAUGGACUUCAGUGGUAAAGAUGUCAGUGGAGUAUUGUUCCAGUACCCAGAUACUGAGGGAAAGGUGGAAGACUUCACUGGACUUGUUGAUCGAGCCCACCAGAAUGGGACUCUUGUCUGCUGUGCUACCGACCUGCUAGCUCUGUGCAUCCUGAGACCUCCAGGAGAGUUUGGUGUUGAUGUUGCACUGGGUAGCUCCCAGAGGUUUGGGGUGCCUCUUUAUUAUGGAGGACCACAUGCCGCCUUUUUUGCUGUCAAGGAGAAUCUGGUGCGAAUGAUGCCUGGAAGGAUGGUGGGAGUUACAAGGGAUGCUAAUGGAAAAGAAGUAUAUCGACUUGCAUUACAAACCAGAGAACAGCAUAUCAGAAGGGAUAAGGCUACAAGCAACAUAUGUACUGCGCAGGCACUUCUGGCUAAUAUGGCUGCUAUGUUCGGAGUCUAUCAUGGUGCUAAUGGAUUAAAGCACAUUGCCAGGAGGUUGCAUAAUGCCACUCUGAUCUUAGCUGAAGGUCUGAAGAGAGCUGGUCAUAAACUUCAACAUGACCUAUUUUUUGAUACCUUGAAAAUCCAGUGUGGAUGUGGAGUCCAAGAAGUCUUGCACAGGGCAGCCCAGAGGCAGAUAAACCUGCGGAUUUACAAUGAUGGUACACUUGGAGUAUCUCUUGAUGAAACUGUAUCUGAGAAAGACCUAGAUGACCUGUUAUGGAUCUUUGGAUGUGAAUCUUCAGCCGAACUGGUUGCUGAGAGCAUGGGUGGAGAAGCAAGGGGCAUUUUUGGUACUGCAUUUAAGAGAACAUCAAAAUUCCUAACACAUAAAGUAUUCAACAGCUAUCACUCUGAAACAAAUAUUGUCCGGUAUAUGAAAAGAUUAGAAAACAAAGAUAUUUCCCUAGUUCACAGCAUGAUUCCUUUGGGAUCCUGUACAAUGAAGUUGAAUAGUUCAUCGGAACUUACACCUAUUACAUGGAAGGAAUUUGCAAAUAUUCACCCCUUUGUACCUCUAGAUCAGGCUCAAGGAUACCAGCAGCUUUUCAGGGAACUUGAGAAGGAUCUGUGUGAGAUCACAGGAUAUGACAAAAUUUCCUUUCAACCAAACAGCGGAGCUCAAGGAGAAUAUGCUGGACUUGCUGCAAUCAAGGCUUAUUUAAAUUCAAAAGGAGAAUGGCACAGAAGUGUUUGUCUUAUUCCUAAAUCUGCACAUGGUACCAACCCAGCAAGUGCUCAGAUGGCAGGGAUGAAGAUUCAGCCAGUGGAAGUAGAUAAAAAUGGAAGCAUUGAUGUUGGUCAUCUAAAGGCUAUGGUGGAUAAGCACAAGGAAAACCUAGCAGCUAUCAUGAUCACAUACCCAUCCACUAAUGGUGUCUUUGAAGAGGGUAUUAGCGAUGUGUGUGACUUGAUUCACAAACAUGGAGGCCAAGUUUACCUAGAUGGAGCAAAUAUGAAUGCUCAGGUUGGCCUGUGCCGUCCUGGAGACUAUGGGUCAGAUGUCUCUCAUUUAAACCUUCACAAAACUUUUUGCAUUCCUCAUGGAGGAGGAGGACCUGGAAUGGGACCGAUUGGAGUGAAGAAGCAUUUGGCUCCCUUCCUGCCUAGCCACCCUGUCAUUGCAUUACAACAUAAGGAUUCCAGUCCAUUGGGAACAAUCAGUGCUGCCCCUUGGGGAUCCAGUGCUAUAUUGCCUAUUUCCUGGGCUUACAUCAAGAUGAUGGGAGGAAAAGGCCUUAAGCACGCAUCUGAGAUUGCAAUACUAAAUGCUAACUACAUGGCAAAGAGGCUAGAGAAGCACUACAAAGUCCUUUUUAGAGGAGCCAGAGGUUAUGUAGCUCACGAAUUUAUUUUGGACACCCGUCCUUUCAAGAAAACAGCCAAUAUUGAAGCUGUGGAUGUUGCAAAACGGCUUCAGGAUUAUGGAUUCCAUGCUCCAACAAUGUCCUGGCCAGUGGCAGGGACUCUUAUGAUUGAACCAACAGAGUCUGAAGACAAGGCAGAACUAGACAGAUUUUGUGAUGCAAUGAUCAACAUUCGACAAGAAAUUGCUGAUAUAGAGGAAGGAAGGAUGGAUUCUCGAGUUAACCCAUUAAAGAUGUCACCACAUACCUUGUCCUGUAUUGCUGCUCCUAACUGGGAUCGUCCUUACUCUAGAGAAGUAGCUGUUUUCCCACUCCCAUUUGUAAAACCUGAAAAUAAAUUCUGGCCCACAAUUGCUCGAAUAGAUGACAUCUAUGGAGAUCAGCAUCUGGUUUGUACCUGCCCACCAAUGGAAGUCUAUGAGUCUCCUUUUGCUGAACAGAAGAGAGCAUCAUCUUAGAGCCAGCCUCCCAUCGAAUUUACUGUGCUGUUGUUUUUAAGGUGACUAGGCUCCAUCUUCCUUGCUACACUUCAGUCAGGACGGGCUCUUCUAGCCUAGUGAACAAAAUUUUUAUACAGUGUAUAUUUUUGUAAUCUCCAUACUGUUAAUUAAAUUUCUGUGCAGCUAUAUGUAAAUAUACUUCAGAUGGAAACAAACUGACUUGAUGCAGUGCCUCAGUUUCCAGUGCAGUCCGUGCUGAAGUGGCCUUGAUUUAACAUUCUUUGUUUGAUUCAGGACCAAGGCUGCUUUUCCGUGAUAAGGAUCUCUAAACAUAGAAAUGUAUGAAAACAGCUAGAACAUUUUUUGUUUAAACUGUGUCGUGACAGUGCUUCUGCUCUUUAAAGUGUUCUGUGGUACAGAGCAAGCCCAUUGUAUUUUGAAUAAAGUCUAUACUGCUGGA